AUGCCCGACACGACGCACAACACCCAGCCCACGGAGUCAAGUCAAGAGUCCACCUCGACCAAGCGCGACGAAUCGCCCCAGCAGCGGAACGCGCAAAACUUGCACACGCCUCCAUACAGUCCGGCGACGGCGACGCGUCAGCUCGCGAACGAGGGCGCGGACGCGACCGAGGAGGUGGCCACGCAUGAAGGGCAGGUCCCAGAAGCGGAUUCCACACGCGCACUGGCUGCUCCUGAGGAUGUGCCCUCCUCAACCGACGACUUUUACGAACCAUACAUGAACCAUCCGGAGCCAACAGAUCAGGAGCAACCGACGGAUCGUCUUCCUGAGGAAGUCAUCCCCCCGCCGCAAGCAACUUUGAUAGCAGAAUUUUGUCCCGAGUUGCGACUGGCGACGGCGAACCGGCAGUGGACUCGAGAACAGUACGACGGGGCCUUUGGGCUGGCCGACGCUGAUGUCCUUCAGGGCUAUGUGAAUCCCCGGUACAUCUGCUUCCUGCCGCCACCCCCACCCGUGUCACCCAUCGUCCUCAAUUGCCCCGACUACUACGUUCCGGAGCCCAGGUCAGCGUACGAGGAUGGUGGCGAUAUAUGGAGCACAGGGCUGCAGAUCUCCGGCGAUUCUUCAAGUGGGAGUGGUGCCUCUAUCGCCUCCGCCCCUGCACCAGCGAACGCGGAGGACAGCAGGCGGAGUCCAUCGGUCGAAAUCACCGGCGAGUAUCCGGGGAGAAUGCCAUACGAGUACGACGACUCACCGCAGUCGUGGAGCCUGCACUCUCCGUACUAUUCCGAGCCUUCUUCCCCGACCCCCCCUCCGCUACCCUCAUGGUUUCCCGAUGCCAGCCCUUACUACGCACGAGAGGCGUCCGUUGUUGUUCCUUCGGAUGACGAGGACACGACCCCAAGGCAGUACACCGGAGGCAAGUCCGUUGGAGGCAAGACGACGCGUGUCAACGGGACCAGCGCGAGGAGCAGGCGAAGCGCCACUCCCCGACCCCUACCUUCCGUUCCUGCGCCCAUCUCCCCCGCGCACUACACCCUCCCCAACCUCUCCCCUCUCCCCGACUCCAGACCCCGGCCAAUGCAGAGAAACGCCACCCCAGGCACGGAUCCCUCCAGGCUCGAGCACUGCACAGAGCGGUACCACCCGUACGGCGGCGACCGCCGGCGCAGGCCAGAGUCGAAGCGCACGGCCAAGCCGAAGACCAAGUCUCCGAUCAAGUCCAAGCCUAAGCCCAAGCCCAAGCAGGCGACGAACGCCACUCCCGCUCGACCGCCCCCGGUACACAUGAACGCGACGCCCGGCCCCGGGCCUUCUACGCUGGAGCGCAGGGCGGAGGCGUCCCGGCCGUACAGCGGCGGGAAGGCGUUCACGGCGCCCACGAUGCGCAUGCAUGAGCCGAGCGUCAAGGUCAGGCGGAACUCCAGUACCAGCACCAACGCCAACGCCGUGGCGUCGUCCUCGGCGCGGAAGAUCGAGGAUUUUUCGGAGGACGAGUACGAGCCGAGCGACGACGGGACGCAGGACGAUGGCGAGUGGCGGCCGACGACGACCAAGCGCGUCGGGCGGGUACAAGGACGCAGGGGUGCUGCCGCUGCCGCUGCGGGUACGAAGAAGCGCUCACCGACGAAGAAGCGCAGGUCCGCGCCCUCUGCCGCGUCGAGGGACGGCGCGGAACCGUCCGGGUUCCUCCUAUGCAGGUUCGGCUGCGGCCACAAGGCGUCGUCGCUCGGCGACAUGACGCGCCACGAGAUGAGCUCGCAGCAUGCGCCGCCCAGGUACAAGUGCAAGUGUGGAAAGUUCUUCCAGCGCAGCGAUUCGCUGAAGCGACAUUGCCUCGGGACUGCUUGUAUUUUCGGGAGGCACCCUCCGUGGCAUUGCUGCCCCGAGGAGUUCCCGCGCGAGGACUACGAGGACCCGGAAGGCGAGGAGCACCAGGAGGAGUAG